AAUGCCUCAGGGAGAAAUGUGAAGGUUUUAUCCGUAUGCUCAAUGGAUAAAAAAACUCCCCUUACUACUCCUUGUAAGGGUAACAAAAGAAAGAURUCWUGUGGUCUGUCAAGGUCUAGAAGGAUAUCAGAACCAUUUGUUUCCCCGCUUUUGASAAAACAGGAAACCAAAGAAAGCGAGUUGGACAAUGGUCAGUUGGACGAUCAAAUAUGCAAAAAGAUCAAGUUUGAGAGCUCAGSAGRGGGAAAGAAGGAAUCCCAUCAUUCUAUAGUAAAAGAAAAAAGUGUAGAAGAAGACUGCAGAAAUGUAGAAUGCAGAAUUGAGUGCUUGUCUUCAAAGUCUUCACCAACAGAAAUGGGAACRAAAAAUCUUCACUUUUUGCUUGUAGAAAAACAAGAGACUUUGAGAAAAUUAAACAUGGUUAAAAUGUACAGAAGAAAGAAUAACCUGAAUGAAUUACAAGAUCUUAUCGACAAGUGGCGUAAAGUCAGCCAAGAUGCAGCAAAUAGAUUAUUGGACUUAAUUAACAAAGAUAACAAGGUCACUAUGGGCCAGCUAUUGGAUCAGUUUCAGAUUAGCCAUGAACUUAUAAGGUACUCAGAGGAUGAAGAUGGGUUUUUAUCAAGCUGACAAUUAAAAAGACAUUUACUAAUUACAACAAAUGCAAUUAAUAACUCUGAACAACAGAAAGGCAUAAACUGAACAUGAUAGAUUGUAGUUUUCAU